CCUGGGCUCACUAGAGAAAUUCAAGGAGCAUAUAAAAAAAUAUCGAUUGUACCUUAGAAGGCUAAGUGGGGUUUCCCAGCACCAGAGUGGUCUGAAUAAUUCUUUCAUGAGCCCUCAAGAAGCACCUUUUGGACCGAUGUCUUCGCUCAGUGGGCUUGACCUUCAAAGUCUUGGUGUUGGUUGUCAACUACCGGCACAAAGUCUCGCCACACUUUGAAAAUCCAAAGUUAAGGUUUGGAGAUGGGCAACAGCAACAUCUGAGCAAUAGUAAACCAAUUAAUUUACUUCAUGGAAUCCCAACGACUAUGGAGCCAAAGCAGCUUGCCACUUUGCACCAGUCUGCACAAUCACUUGGGAGCCUGAAUAUGCAAGUCAAUGCCCAUGGAGGACAAAGUAGCUCUUUGCUAAUGCAGAUGGGUCAACCACAAUCAAGAGGCCAGAUACUCAAUGAAUCUACUGGCAGUCAUGUUCCUAGGCAUCCGUCGUCCAUAGGACAACCUAUUAUGUCAAAUGGAAUUGCUGGUGGGGUUAUAGGAAGAAAUGGUAUUAGUAAUAAUGGCAGAGGGACAGGGUACAAUCAAGUUCCGCCAACAUCUUCAAUGCUGAGUUUUCCAAUGAACCACACCACAGAAUUGACUGGAAACAAUUUCCCUCUUGGAAGUAGUCCUGGGAUAUCCAAUGUCACAUCUAAAGGAGCAUUUCAUGAAGAGGUUAGCUCAGAAAUGAAAGGAUCGCCAGGAUUUUUACCUAGUUAUGAUAUUUUCAACGACUUGCAUCAGCACAAAUCCCAAGAUUGGGAGUUACAGAAUGUUGGCUUGCACUUUGAUGCCUCUCAAAAUACAUCCAAUCAGCCGCUUCGAAAGAAGAGCUUCAAAAAGAUCUUGGACUCCCUACUGAAUGCUGAUAAGUGAUAAGUGGUACCUCUCCCU